UUCGAACCUGAAUCAUAUUAUUAGUGUGUCAAAUAUAUACAAUUAACGUUGCAAAAUUCAAAGGAAAUUUAAAAAUAGAGCAAAGAGAUAACAUAGAGAUAAAAAUAUAUAUAUCUAUAUCCUUCCUCUUUCCCUCAUCUCUUUUGUGUUAUCCAAACACAACACAAUGUCCUUAACUUCUCCUCUCCUUCAACUUCCCCUUUCCCAAUUCAAAAAAUCCCUCACCAUUUCCUCCCCUUUCCUCCAUGGCUCCUCUCCUCUUUCUCAUCUCUCCAAACCCUCUUCCUCCAUCACUUCCCCUAACUCAUCUCCCCCUUCUUUCUUGCCUCCAGUUCGCGCCAUGAGAUCAAUGCAAGGCAAAGUCGUUUGUUCAGCAAACGACAAAACUGUUUCUGUUGAAGUGACUCGACUUGCUCCGCACCCCAAGUAUAAACGCCGAGUAAGGAAGAAGAAGAAGUACCAAGCUCAUGACCCUUUGAAUCAAUUUCAAGUUGGGGAUUUUGUUCAGCUUGAAAAGAGUAAGCCUAUUAGUAAGACGAAGGCGUUCAUUGCCGUGCCUGUACCUCCGAGGAAUCAGCCGAAAGUUAAGGAGGAUGAGAAUAAGGAACUUGGGUUGCCGCUUCAAUCUUCUCUCCAGGAGAGUUAGAGUGAGAGCUUGCUUUCUUUUGUUGGGCAUUUUAUAAUCUUGUACUCUUCUGUUUCUUCUUUUGUCUUGUUGGGAUUUUCAUGGUAAUGGUGUAUUUUAAUUGAGAUUAGUCUAUUCAGUUUCUAAUUAAUCCUCUUUUCUCUGUGUA